ACAGCAUCUGCUUCUAAAACCCUUCAAACUAAUCUCACCGGACGGUGACUCACAGUGACAACUCGCCAUGAGCCGCUACGACAGCCGCUCCGGCGACCCCACCUCCUACCGUGACCGCAGAAGUGAUUCCGGGUUUGGUGGGGCGGCCGGCUACGGUGGUUCGGCCCGGUCUUCAUCCAGUAGGAAGGAUUAUGAUGGGGCUGAGUCGCCGAAGAAGCUGGAUUUGGAUGGCUUGACGCCUUUUGAGAAGAAUUUCUAUGUUGAGUCACCUGAGGUGGAAGCCAUGACUGAGAGGGAGGUUGAGGAGUACAGGAAACGGAGGGAAAUCACUGUUGAAGGCCGUGAUGUUCCUAAGCCCAUCAAGAGCUUCCGUGACAGUGGCUUUCCUGAGUAUGUCAUGCAAGAAAUCACAAAAGCUGGAUUUGUUGAACCUACACCAAUUCAAGCUCAAGGAUGGCCAAUGGCUUUGAAGGGUCGUGAUCUUAUUGGUAUUGCUGAAACAGGAUCAGGAAAGACACUGGCUUACCUGUUGCCUGCAAUUGUCCAUGUGAAUGCCCAGCCAAUUUUAUCUCCUGGAGAUGGCCCAAUAGUAUUAGUUUUAGCUCCUACCCGUGAACUCGCUGUUCAAAUUCAACAAGAGUCAACUAAAUUUGGUGCAUCUUCCAAAAUUAAAAGCACAUGCAUCUAUGGUGGAGUUCCAAAGGGACCUCAAGUUCGUGAUCUGCAGAAAGGAGUUGAGAUUGUGAUUGCUACACCGGGAAGGCUGAUUGAUAUGUUAGAGUCACAUACUACAAACUUGCGGAGGGUCACAUAUCUUGUGUUGGAUGAGGCUGACCGGAUGCUAGAUAUGGGGUUUGAGCCUCAGAUACGAAAGAUUGUUUCUCAGAUUCGCCCAGACCGUCAAACAUUAUACUGGAGUGCUACCUGGCCAAAGGAGGUUGAACAACUGGCGAGCAAGUUCCUUUACAAUGCAUACAAAGUAAUUAUAGGUUCUCCAGAUCUGAAAGCCAACCAUUCAAUUCGCCAAAUUGUUGACAUCAUGACUGAAAAUCAGAAAUAUAACAAAUUGGUAAAGUUGCUGGAAGAUAUAAUGGAUGGCAGCAGAAUACUGAUAUUCAUGGAUACUAAGAAAGGUUGCGAUCAGAUCACCCGGCAGCUUCGCAUGGAUGGUUGGCCCGCCCUCUCCAUUCAUGGAGACAAAAGUCAAGCAGAAAGGGAUUGGGUCCUCUCUGAGUUUAAAGCUGGCAAAAGCCCCAUAAUGACUGCAACAGAUGUUGCUGCUCGUGGUCUAGAUGUGAAGGACGUGAAAUAUGUAAUUAAUUAUGAUUUUCCGGGAUCCCUUGAGGAUUAUGUUCAUCGCAUUGGCCGAACCGGAAGAGCUGGGGCAAAAGGAACAGCGCACACAUUCUUUACAGCUGCUAAUGCUAGAUUUGCAAAGGAACUGAUUGGCUUACUCGAAGAAGCCGGACAGAAGGUGAGUCCUGAUUUGGCAGCAAUGGGGCGUGGUGCUCCUCCUCCCCCUUCAGGUCAUGGGGGUUUUCGAGAUCGCAGUAGGGGUUAUGGUGGCGGUCGUGCUUGGAGUUGAUUAAUGAUUGUGGUUAAAGAGCAGGCAUCUGUUUAGAGUGAAAUCCAGUAACCAUAUCCUCCCACAUGCCAAUCGCAUUGUAUUAUGUUCAGAAGACAGGGAACCUUGUAUGGGUGCUGACUCGAAUGUAGACGUACAAAUAUCGUUAUUUUUUCUUUUCAAAGAAAUUUGUGCAGUGGAUUUUACCCUU